UCUGCCCUCGCGAAAUCACCAUCUUGCAACACCACAACCGCAAUCAUGUCUCACGAAAGCGUCUGGAACUCGCGCCCGCGAAACUACGGCAAGGGCUCUCGCCAAUGCCGCGUCUGCAAGCACAAGGCUGGUCUGAUCCGCAAGUACGACCUUGACCUGUGCCGUCAAUGCUUCCGUGAGAAGGCCAAGGACAUUGGUUUCCACAAGUACCGAUAAAGGAGUUGCUGUAAAAAGGGGGCUUUCCAAAGGGGGACAAGGGAUUGACGGAUGCGUGCUGCAUUUUUGAUGGCCAAUACACAAAAAGCACUCGGAGGGCGGCCGCUUGGAACCGGAGUUUAAUGG